CUGUUCGCGCUGCAGAUGGUACAAACCUGCUCUUCAAGAGGGAUUUUCCUUCAAAAUCACUCUAAACUGUAUUUUUCCCCCUCUAGUAUCUGCCUGUCUACUUCUGUCUGCAACAAACCCUUUCCCUGUCAACCCUUGUUCUGGUUUCCAACCCAGGAGUGUGCAGAUAAGCAGUCUCAGAUUGAAAGGUCCCUGCGUGAGAGAAAAGCUGUAGAGAAGGAACUGGAGAAGGUGUACAAAGAGGGCAGGGCAGAGCUAGAGUUGGGGUGGAUUGAUGCCCUUCAUCAGAGGUGUCUGAAUGCAGAGAGACUGAAGUUUGACCUCAGCCUAACGCUGCAGAGCACCCAGAACAAAAUGAUGACAAUGGAGAUGGAGUACAGCGAGGAGCUGUCUCGGUGCCAGAAGGAGGUGCCGCAGCUUUGGCAUGCUCUGGCUGCGGCGCGGGAUGAGUGCGUCGGCGUCAGCGACGAGCGGCUGCAGCUGGAAAAUGUGCAGCUACGCAAAGAGAUGGACGAGCUCCGCAAAGUUACGAUGCUCAUCCAAAACAAAGCCAAGCAGACGGUGUCACUGAUGGAGCAAGAAUACAGCCUGAAGGAGGUGGGGCUGAACACGCGGCUGAGCGAGCUGGAGGGGAGCAGCCGCAGCCGCAUCUCCAGCGCCGAUCGCCUCCUCGCCGCUCAGCAGAAAAGCACUCAGCAUUGGAAGGAUGAGUUCACGAACCUCCUUCAGACCUUUGAAACUAAAACCGCAGGCCUUAGGUAAGAAUCUCUACACUUU